UCCAUUCGUCUGUGUCCGCCUGUGGAGAUUAAAUGUUAUUAUUAUUUUAGCUAUUCGUUUUACGUUGACGCGGAAGACAAUUUGCUUAGUUAUUCGGAUAAUUUUUGCUGCUUUUAUUUUGCCACGCUAGAUAAGGGUAGUGUUUUUGUCAUCUUUGUUAUGGUUUUGUCUGACUUACCGGAUGACGCUGGAGUCCACAGGUAGUGACAGAAAAACCUCACUGACCAGAAGUAGAAAUGUCUACCAAGUACAUCGUAAACUCCAAUGACAGUCCGAGUCCAAGUCAAGAGUACCUGGAGAAACUUUCAUCAUUCAACAACCUGUUAUGCACAAGCUCAAGCAGCUACAGCCGUCUGCUACUAGCUGACAAGACCGAGUGGGAGAGGUCAAAGCAUCCGCUGGGUAAAAGGCCAAAAACAGCGACAAGACGUGGUUUUUCCCCCCGUAAAAGAAGUCAUCCGGGCAAAACAUUUACGAAGUUGUGUGCCGGUGAAGUUGCCGGUAAUCCUCCACUGAAAACUUCUCCCGUUACACUGACUACGAAUUUAUCCAAACCGGUAAGAAAUAUUACCGUAGUGGGCAGCAAGAUGGGCCUUAGUACCCAAUCAACCCCGAAACCCGGGAAAGUAGGCUUUCCCAACUCAUCCCAGAGUAAAGUUCCCUCCUUAAGUACGUCAACGCAAAAACCAGCAAUCACCGGGGAAGGGGAAAAUGCCAAGAGGCAGUGCGUCCUGUCUGCCGUCAAGCCGUCCAAUGUUGAGAAGGAGAAGGCUGUGUUCUUCAAGUCGGACUUCAGUUACAAUCCUCAGUUUCAAUACAGUAAUCCUGUAUCACCAACCUUCUUAGCUCGGCACAACAACGCUUCGGAUCGCUUUCUGACGCAGGCAGUGCGCAUCAUGGAGCUAGCGCUGCAGCGAUAUGGCAGCUAUGAGACGUUUGAGCAGGUCACUGGCGGAAACCUCCUCACCAAAGGACGCAUCUGGCACAACGUCAAGAAAUACAUGGAGAAGGAAGGCUGCACAGGGGAGAUAGUAGUCCAAAUGACAGAUGACCUCUUGUCCAGAGCCUCCAUGACUGUUGUGAAGAGCAGACCUACACUGACCAUUAACGUUUCCACUGCCAGGGAGUACUGGCUGGAGGGCAUGUUGAGGCAUGAGAUUGGCACUCAUUAUUUGCGCAGCAUUAACAAUUGUCACCAGCCAUGGAGUGGCAGCACGGGCAGGAAGAUGCACAACCUGAAACCCCUGAAUCCCACGGAGGAAGGUCUGGCUAGCAUCCACAGUGUUCUGUUCAGGAGAGACCCCAUUCUGUGGCGUGCUGCGCUGCUCUACUACACGGUCUACCAGGCCAGUCAGAUGUCCUUCUCCCAGCUCUUCUGCAACCUGGGAAACUUCGUCCAGGACCCCAACACUCGCUGGGACUACUGCGUUAGAGCCAAGAGAGGCCAGAGUGACACAGCGCAGCCAGGUUGUUUCAGUAAGGAUCAAGUGUACCUGGAUGGCAUCCUGAAGAUCCUGCGACACAGAGACAAGAUCAACUUCCCUAUGCUAAUCGCUUUAGGAAAGGUAUCAUUUGAAGAUGUGGAUCGACUGAAAGCUGAGGCUCAAAUGGAGAACACACGCAUCCCUUACUUCAUGCAAGACCAGGUCAGGUACGGCGAGCAACUGGAGAAAAUAAUGACCGUCAACUUGCUGACUGAUGAAGAACUGCAGGACAUCAUCUGAGCUGCCUGUGCUGUCAUUACUCAACAGUAGUUCAGUGUUUUCAUCGAUCCUUUUGGAAGGACGCGGAGUCUGUUGCCAGUGCUGUAGUGUUUUCAAAUGCUUGUUGUGUGUGGAUAUGCGGUUGAUUGAUUUUUAUUUAUAAUUUUUUUUACCCCAGUCAUUUCUUCAACUUCUACAUAGAGACAAGUACAGUUCGUGUUUUGGUCGUCAUCAUUUGUGCUGCACCUUAUAGAAAGAAAACAAUAAAAGACUUUUUCAAUUGAAUUAUUCAAUGUAGUUUCGCAGGAGCCAGCCCUGGCUCCAGAACCACAGGGGGCAGCGUUGCAUUUCUCCAGACAACAACAGACAAAAAGGUCUUUUUAAACUAGUAAUUCUCAAAUAGUGCGCUGUGUGGGUUGAGUUACCAGGUAAUAUUUAUUAUAUGUACAAACCACUGUAUGAGUUGCUGGCACCAGUAUUC